AUGAACAGUCUCGCUACUUCAGAGCCAACUUGGAGAGACCGACAGUCCGAGUUGCAGCCGACUUACAACUCUCGCUCACGCUCACGUGACGCCAGCGCCGCCGACGACCCUAGAGGCCGCACAACGCCGCCCAACCCACGCUCGGCUGGAUCACCGGAACCCCCCUCCCAUGACGUGAGCUCGUCGUCGGUCAACUUGACUCGUACGUCUGCUGUCUCACUAGCUGCAGCUCAUCAGGUGUCAGCAGCUCUGGAAGAUGGGAAGAGCAGCCCACAACGACAGCCUUCAAAACUGGAUCAGUCAUCCUUCGGCUCAUCUAGUUUCAUCACCAACACCGACGUACAACCUCUCGAUUCUUCUAUCGAAGCCGAACAUCCAUCCCCGAUCGACCUCGGCGCGGGUCCACUCUUUCUGGCGAUUGAUUCCUCUCAAAAGCAAAUGCGAGCGGUCGUGAUCGACCAGUCUUGCAGGCUUGUCUGGACCGAAGAGGUCAAUUGUGACAGCGAAGCCCCUGAGUACCUGUCAGUCCCAAAGGCCUGUGUCUCACUGCGGCGACGUGAUCGCUGAUAUUGUACUCCUAUAUUUCUACAUGUAGCACCAACCGGGGGUGCUAUCGCUUUGACGACAUGGUCUGCGAGCCGACCGAAAUGUGCCUCAAAGUUCUGGACUUGCUGCUCGAGAAGAUCGCUCGCGAGUGUCCCGACCCUGACCUCCUUCUCAAAGUCCGACGCGUCAGUGGUGCAGGCCAGCACUUCACCCAACACUUUCUGUCUUCAGAGUUUCCAGACCUCCUGGCCGAGCUUUCUGAGCGUUCUGAAUCACGCAUGUCUACCGUUCUGUCGGUCAAAAGGGGCGCCUUUUCCCUACCCAUCGUGGCUACCGGCAACGAUCGUACGACCCAAGAAGAAUGCCGUGUCAUAGAACUGGCCUUGUCCGACCAACCUGAACUCGCAUGUCAACCUCCAGCCCACAAAGGACGAGCGCGAUGGGUGGAAGAGCAAGCGAGGAAAAGGGGGCAAGCCGCUGCGGCGCAGCGCACGGGGAGCAAAUGCUGGACGGGGUGGUCAGCCGCCCAACUGAUGAAGGUUGCGAACGACGAUCGCAAGCAUCUUGGUUCUGACAACCAAGACCCACGGGAUAUCAUGUUCCAAGCCCCUCAAGAACGCAGCAUCGAAACGCAGUACGAGGGGCGCCGAAGUGUCUGGGACAGGACUAGUAGGGUGAUGCUCAAGAGCAGCCUCCUCGCCACGCUCUUCCUGGGACGGUGAGGGACCCGUUCAUCUCCGGCUAUGACCUUCCAGCUGACUUGAAAGUUGUCACACCUACCAGAAUGGCUCCCACGGAUAUUGCGGAUGCAUGCGCAACAAACUUGUUCAACAUCACUACCCGCGACUGGGACAAUCGGGUGCUCGAGAUCGUCAUGAGACAACACAUAGGUGCCGACGGGGAGGCGGGAGGCGCUGGGGCGGAGCAAUUGCGACGUCUUCUAGGACCUAUCGUCGAUGGGGGUACUACAGAGGUGUCUCAACUGUUACAAAGUGUAAAAUGAGUAGCCUUGCUGAUGCUGGUCCUUCUCAUGUGACAGCUUGGCCCAAUCAAUCAAUACUUCGUCAAGCGAUUCAACUUUUCACCAGGUGAAUAUAAACAAUAACAUCUCAUUCUCAGAUCCCACGAACUCACGAUUGUGGAAUAAACAGACUGCAAGAUUAUUCCUUUCAGCGGGGACAAUCCUUCAACCUUCCUGAGCUGCCCACUCAAUGGACCGCGGGAGAUCAUCGUUUGCCUCGGCGUGGGAGAUGCCGAUACGGUGCUCGUCGCCUGUUCAACCUACACCCCUGGUUCUGAUCACCAAACAAUGUUGCAUCCUAUGCCCAAGCCGGAGGCGGUUAUUGAUUCAGGCUCUUCGUCCACGUACCUCGCUGAGAUCGUGGGGCGCAAUAGCGCGCUCGGUCGUUCGCUCGCUCGAGACUUGUACUGCAAUGGUGAUUGGAAUACAUUCGCCCGACUUGUCGCCCUCUCGCCCCAUGGUGAGUCCAGCAGCUGCCGCGCGUCCUUUCCCAGAGAGACUGUUAUGUAACUAACUAAUGCCCAAAAAAAGGUGGCUCCAUCGGGCUUGACGACAAAAAAUUCAUGUUUUGGUUUUCCGAGGGAGAUGUCGGGUCCUCGUCUGAUCGUCUCGUCCGCUGCGCAAAUGGCGUGCGCGUUGCCGAGUUCGAGGAUCGCAAGCUCAACCCUCGUCUACUCCUCGAAUCACAGUUCUUAUCACUCCGUUCGCGUUACAGCAAGCUCCUCGCCCAAUCGAGAGAACGUCAACGGGAUGUUCCUCCAUACGACCCUCUGGGUUUCCCACCACACGACGAAGACCUGUUGCCGAGUCGAAUCAUCGCCGUCGGUGGCGCGUGCGUCAAUCCCGCGAUGCUGAGCCUCUUGUCAACGAUGUUCGGCUGUCCGGUAUACAUGAUCAAGUCGCUGUGCGAAAUCCCCAACUGUUCUCGAUCAACCACCACCUCUAGCGCUUUAGGAGCAGCCCACAAAGCCGCCUACGCCUAUGCGAAGAGCAACGACGGCGAUCACGAACCCGAGACAAGAACGUUCGCACAAUGGCUCACGGAGACACUCGAAGACCAACGCCGAACAGAUCAUCAUCCCGACGGUACAACUCGUGGUGAAUCCGACGUUAGCCCCAGCCCUCGAUCCUGUAGUGGCGCAGCGGCCGAACGAUCGUCAACCAAUCUCGCGGACACGGACACGAAAACGGACGAUGGCAGGAUCUUUGGCUUCGGAGCUCUUGAGAAUCUCCAAGAUCAUCAAAACACGCGGGAGAACGGCUCAUGGUACCUUGAGCAAGCCGAUGGCUCGAACCGACCACGAAAAGGCGAUGAUCCGCCCGGCCUGCGCCUCGUCGCUGAACCCGACCUCGACGAACACAGAUACUACUCGUGCAUGCUCAGGGAAUUUAUCCGUGUCCACAACGCAGCAGUUUCAUCCUACAUAUAA